GCUAUGAAAUUUCUGUUGGUUUUUGAUUUUGACCAUACGAUCAUAGAUGAAAACAGUGAUACCUGGAUUGUGAAAUGUGCUCCGGAGAAAAAGCUUCCCAAUGAAUUAAGGAACUCCUAUCGCCCAGGUCACUGGACAGACUAUAUGGGUAGAGUCUUUGCCUACUUGGGAGACAGUGGCGUUGGAGAAGAUGUGAUGAGAAGAACCAUGACAGCAGCUCCGUUCACUGCGGGGAUGGUCGAUCUUCUAGGCUUUAUUGGCAAGAACAAAGACUUCUUUGACUGCAUAAUCAUUUCGGAUUCUAAUACAGUGUUUAUUGACUGGAUUCUAAAAGCUGCUGACUUUCAUAAGGUGUUUGAUGAAGUGUUUACAAACCCUGCAGCAUUUACCAGUACUGGCUAUCUCACUGUACAGAAUUUUCACACUCACCACUGUGCAAAGUGCCCUAGAAACCUUUGUAAAAGGAAAGUGUUGGAAGAAUUUUUAGAUAAAAAGUUGGAGCAAGGAGCAAGUUAUACACAAAUUGUGUAUAUAGGUGAUGGUGGAAAUGAUCUAUGUCCAGUAACUUUUUUGAAGAAGGGUGAUAUUGCUAUGCCCCGGCAGGGAUAUACUUUAGAGAAGAAGAUUUCUCAGCUCUCCCAAGAUCUCAGUCCUGUGGAGUGUUCUGUUCUGGUUUGGUCAUCUGGUGUAGAAAUAAUGUCUUACUUGAAACUGCUUCUAAAGGAAUAAUUCCAAUG